GACAUCAUGCUUCAUAAUUAGACUAUUGGAUUUUGUACUUUACGAAAACACCCCCGUCAGAUCAGUUCUACGACGUAUUUCGUUCAGUAAGUAAAUCGUUUUUGUAUCGGAAGCCACCCUUCACAGGCGUGGCGCUUCCAUGCGUUGGGUAAAAUGUCGUUGCGUGCGAUCGCCUCGCGCUUAUUCCGGCAUGGUCAGUGCUACUUCAGGCACGCGGGCGUCCCAAAGCGAGACAUUCAUACGAGCAACAUUGGCGAGCGCGUAAAUGCGGCGCGUCAGGUACAGCAGGCGCAGCUGGUGCCGCGCUCCUUUGCGCUACGCUCCGUAGGCCUGCAGGUUGGUCUUCAUGCGCGCCGCAUUCUCGUCGACAACGUCCUCAAUCGCGUGACCAGCUCGCUAGCGGCAAAACUACGCAAAGAAGCCGCAAAGAGGAUGCUCUUCGGUGAUUCCGGUCACUUUUUUGCUUUGGUUGGCGUUAGUCUUGCAUCUGGGGCUGGGAUUUUGACCAAGGAGGAAGAAUUGGAAGGUGUAUGUUGGGAAAUACGAGAAGCUGUAUCGAAAAUUAAGUGGCAUUAUCAAAAUACUGAAGUAAUUGUCAACAGUGAGGAAGCAAUAGGUGUAAAAAACCUUGAUUUUGGGUCUGUGCUUGGAAAAGGAGCUAACGCAGUGGUUUACACAGCAAGAUUAUUACAAAAUGAACCAGAAAUCAUUGAAACUACAUCUCAACAUCAUGAAAACAACUCAGAAAUCACAGAAAUUGUAUCUGAAGGACAUUUUGGUAGUGUUCCAACAACGCAACCCGCAAAACAAGAUGUUACUUAUCCUCUAGCUGUCAAAAUGAUGUUCAAUUAUGACAUCCAAUCAAAUGGCAUGGCGAUUCUGCGCGCUAUGUACAAGGAAACUAUUCCUGCGCGAGUCUAUUUCAGUAAUGUUGGUAUAACUGACUGGGAAUUAGCUUUGUCUAAUGGUAAAAAACAUCUGCCACCACACCCGAACAUCGUCGCAAUGUACUCAGUUUUCACUGAUUUCGUCCCUGAAUUACAAGAUGCUACUAAUUUGUACCCGGCUGCUCUACCGCAGAGGAUUCACUCUGAAGGUGAAGGCAGAAACAUGAGUUUAUUCUUAAUUAUGAAGAAAUAUGAAUGCAGUCUUCAAGAAUAUCUUUCUUCAUCUUCCCCGAUUACAAUCCGUCAGUCAAUUUUAUUAUUCACACUUAUUGAAGGCGUCGCACAUUUAUGUGCGCAUGGCAUAGCUCACCGUGAUUUGAAAGCAGAUAAUUUACUCCUUGAUAUUUCUGAAAAAGAUGCGCCGAUUUUGGUCAUUUCUGACUUUGGUUGUUGCCUAGCGGAUCAAAAUCAACACCUAACUGUUAAUUACAACUCAUAUGAGGUUGAUAAAGGUGGAAAUACUGCUUUAAUGGCGCCGGAGAUUAUUAAUCAGACUCCGGGAACGUUUAGUCUGUUGAAUUAUAACAAGAGUGAUCUGUGGGCGGCUGCUACAAUUGCAUAUGAGAUUUUUGGCAUGAAUAAUCCGUUUUAUGAUGGUCUGAAUGGUAAAUUACGCGCUGGGAAUUAUCAAGAGGAUGAAUUACCACGUCUAGGUGGUGAGGAUAAUGAAAUCCCGGAUGUUUUUCAUGCUUUGGUAGCGAAUCUCUUGAAACGUAAUCCUAACAGGAGAUUGGAUGCGGAAGUUGCGGCGAAUGUUUGCCAAUUGUAUCUGUGGGCACCAAGCGCAUGGUUGAAACCCAUGGUGAAGCUACCUACCAGUAAUGAGAUUCUUCAAUGGCUGCUUUGUUUAACUACCAAAGUGCUCUGCGAGGGACGCUUGAGUAACCCACAAUCAGACACAGAACGUAAUGAAUACCCAACGUAUGAUACUGGACGAACUCAAUUUGAAUCGACUUCGAAUUCGAGCUACUACAGCAAGGGCCGACGUACUUAUACUGAAUAUCUCCUAAUUUCUUCGUUCUUAGUGCGAGCUAAAUUGACUAAUGUCAAGGCAGCUCUGCAAUGGAUACAAAAUAAUAUCUUUUAACCUCUCAAACAUAUUUAGCGAAGAAAAAAGAAAGAAAGAAAGAGAACGAAUGAGAAAUUUAAUUAUUGGUUGUGAUAACGUUCCAAAAUUUUAUUUUUAGACCAGUACUAUUGUCACAGAGCAGAUGGAAUAUAUUUAUCAAUGAAUCUAUAAUGUAUUGUAAGAAUUUGCAUGGAAUAAUUUAAUUUUGUAGAUGUAAAUAAAUUGAUGAGUUAUGUAAUAAAUAUUUUUGACUCGUGUA